AUGAUGCAAGCAAACAUUUUCCCUCCACCUGAAGAUUUCACCAAUGACGGUAUCACUCAUAGUCCGAAGAUCCUUACAAGAGCCGUCAACUCCACCGGACCUGACCAGUUGAGCCAAGGAGAGAAGGGAUCAGACUCUCCAGGAUUUCUUUUGGGUUAUCAAGAACCUAAGAUGAAGACAUCUCUUCCAGGUUUCCUUUCAUCAGACGAGGCUUUCACAUCUCGAUAUGGCACGCCAUCGGCUAGCAAUUUCAAAACAAAGACAAUCGGGCGAAACCAAGAAGACAAAAGGAAUCAGAAUUCCUAG